AGAGAGGAAAGGUAAAGUAAAGAACUCUCAAGUUUUUCUUUUGCUUUCCCCUUUUGUGUGGUUUAUCUCUCAGUCCCUUCUUCUUCUUCUUCUUCCUCUAUAACGCUCUUCUCCAUCGUUUACACGAGUUUCGGUUUUCUCGAGGAAGUGUUCUACUGGGAAAAAGCUCCUUUUACUUAGUUCUCUACCUUUUUGCUCGAAGAAAAUGGUUUGAUUUUUUUCCAGAGAUGGUGAAAUUUGAAGGUUGUUGUAGGAGAAAAGCCAGCUUUGGUUCCGGUCAUGGCUUUUAUCUGACUAAAUAGUGUUGCGGGGCAAGUUAGCUAUGGACUCUUUAGAGACUGUUUGUUGGCUUAGGGGCUGUUUGGUUUAUCGCUUCUUGUUAUUUAUUAUCUGGUUAUCAAGCUUCCAAGAUGUAGCUGCGCAUGAUAAGCUUAAUGAGCAUAGUAGUAAAUCGACAACCUCUGAGUUGGCAAAUCCACCUGGUAUUGGAGUAUCUGGUCCCAUUCAAGUAUCACCGUCCGUCAUCCCCAAAUAUGCAUCCCCUGCUCUGCCUUGGACACCACCAAUGUACCCUACUUUUCCUGAUACGUAUAAACCCAAGCUAACCGGCAAAUGUCCUACAGACUUUCAAGAAAUUUCAAGUGUUAUCGAUACAGCAGCUUCUGAUUGCUCCCAACCGUUCGCUGCACUUGUUGGGAACGUGAUCUGUUGUCCACAGUUUAUAAGCUUACUUCAUAUAUUCCAAGGACAGCACAACAUGAAGUCAGAUAAGUUGGUUCUGCCUGAUGCAGUUGCUACAGAUUGUUUUUCAGAUAUCGUUAGUAUCCUGGUCAGCAGAAGAGCCAACAUGACUAUACCUGCACUUUGCUCUGUAACAUCUUCAAAUCUAACUGGAGGCUCCUGUCCAGUAACAGAUGUCACAACGUUCGAGAAAGUUGUUAACAGUAGCAAAUUACUGGAUGCAUGUCGCACUGUUGAUCCUCUUAAGGAGUGUUGUAGGCCAAUUUGCCAACCUGCAAUUAUGGAAGCUGCGCUUCUUAUUUCGGGACACCAAAUGACAGUUGGUGAGAAGCUCCCUUUAGGAGGAUCAAAUAACCUCAAUGCAAUUAAUGACUGCAAAAAUGUGGUCUCUUCAUAUCUUUCCAGGAAGCUUCCGACAGACAAAGCAAACGCUGCAUUUAGAAUUUUAUCGUCCUGCAAAGUUAACAAAGCUUGCCCGCUGGAAUUUAAGGAGCCAACUGAAGUGAUCAAGGCUUGCCGUAAUGUGGCUGCUCCAAGCCCUUCUUGCUGUAGCUCGUUGAAUGCAUACAUUUCUGGGAUACAGAACCAAAUGCUAAUAACAAACAAGCAGGCCAUAGUCUGUGCAACAGUAAUUGGUGCUAUGUUGCGGAAAGGUGGUGUUAUGACAAACAUCUAUGAGCUUUGUGAUGUCGAUCUCAAAGAUUUCAGUGUCCAAGCAUAUGGAAUGCAACAAGGUUGUCUUCUCAGAAGCUAUCCUGCAGACUUGAUAUUUGACAACACAACAGGCUACAGCUUUACAUGUGAUUUGACAGACAACAUUGCUGCUCCCUGGCCAUCUUCAUCAUCAAUGUCUUCUUUGUCUCUAUGUGCUCCUGAGAUGUCAUUACCUGCCUUGCCAACAUCCCAGACUCUUAAAAAUCACGGGUGUCGCGAUGGUGGGUUUGAAGCGUUGCGUCUCGUUAUUUUGGUAUUUCUUCUGUAUGUUGUUGUGAGACAUUAAAAUGAGAAUUAGGAGGUUUUUGUUUUUGGUAGUCAGUGAGGAGACUUUGGAUAAAACAAUGGCAUGCUCAGUUUUCUUCUGUAUAUGUAUCUUAAUAGGGCAAGGGUAAUGAUGUAGUAGUAAUAUCUUCUCAAUCUCAUGUAUAGUAGUAGCAUUUUUCUUCUCUGCUUCUGAAUCUCCUAUCCUUGUUAUGAGUUUUUUUUUUUGUUUUUUAAUAAUU